AUGUCCGUCAUGAUGCCCACCAGGGGCCUGAGGAAUGAGAGCGCCAUCAUCACCGGCAUCGUCCAAAAGCACACCAAUUUCCUUUGCCGGGCGCAAACACUUCACUCGACUCAACAGCAAAGACUUCACUCUUCAAAGAGGAACCUCCACUCCACACCCUCCAAGGACAUUGCCAUCACAACCUCCGCCGCCACUCUCACUCCCACACCAACAACAACAAUCCCACAGUCAACAGAAGCGAGCAUGGCACCGCCACUCGCCGCACUCCCCCUCUCUCACAUCCUACGGACCUACCUCAUCACGGCCAUGUCCAGCUCCCCGAUCCUCUUGAGCGCAUCCACCGGAAUCUUGCGCACGAUGCUCGAGACCAAGAACCCGCUCCUCCGCAUAGACAAGAACCCCAUCAUGAAGACCCUCCUCAUGAAGACCUUCUACAAGCAGUUCUGCGCGGGCGGAAAUGAUGCCGAAGUCGCAAAGACGUGCGCAGAGGUUCGGCAGCUCGGAUACUCCGGAGUCGUUUUGGAGUACGCACUCGAGGUUCUCAAAGAUGUGAAGAGCAACGAGCUCGAAGAUGUCGCAAUCUGGCGCAAGGGCAUGCUUGACUCGAUCCGCAUGGCCGCUGAAGGUGACUUUGUGGCACUGAAGUGGUCAGGCAUGGGACCUGCAGCGAUGCGGAGAAUGGCGGAAGAGAAAUCUCCUAGCGAGGAGAUGGAUGCUGCCAUGCAGACCGUCUGUAAGUCCGCCGCCGAGAAGGACAUUGCACUUCUACCAUCUGCAGAAGAGACGUGGAACUUGCAAGGCUACCACAAGUGGACCCUCAACCUCCAGCGCGCAUUCAACCGGGAUGGAAAGUGCAUCAUGUACAACACGUACCAGCUCUACCUCAAGCAAGCACCUGGCGAACUCGCCCAGCACCUGAAGAUCGCCAAGGAUGAAGGCUUCACUCUCGGCGCCAAGCUCGUCCGCGGCGCAUACCUCGCGACCGAGAAGCGAGACCUGAUCUGGCCCACGAUUGAAGACACACACAACGCAUACGACACUGUCAUGGCCGGCCUCAUCAAGCGCAAAUACAACAACCUCCUCAAGCCAGCCACCAGCGAUGAGACCUUCCCCGCCGUCCGAGUCGUCGUAGCAUCACACAAUGCAGCUACCGUCAAGAUCGCUCAGGAACUCCGCCAAGAGCAAGCCGCUCGAGGUGAAGWACUGACUCCUUUGGUCUACUCCCAACUCCAAGGAAUGGCCGAUGAAGUCUCCUGCAGCCUCCUCGCAGCCGCCAAGGAGAACAAGGCAAAGGGCAUCGAACCGGUGGAGAAGGUCUACAAGUUCACAAGCUGGGGAUCCAUGUUCGAAUGCUUGAACUAUCUCCUUCGCCGGGCUGCCGAGAACAAGGACGCAGCGAGCCGGACUGGAGAGACGAAGGCUGCCAUGCAGGCGGAGAUGUGGAGGAGACUGAAGGGAGUCUUUGGAUUGGCUUGA